AUGGCCGACGAUGACUGGGGUGCCCACAUCAACGGCCUCAUUGCCGAACAGCUUGGCAAGCUCCUCCCGCUCGAGUUCAAGACCCUCAAGGAUGACCUGGCCACGAUUGCAUCUACCUCUGCGGCCGACGCAGCUGGCAAAGCUGUGGACCCAGUCAUGGCGGCUGUCCGUGCACUCGAGAACGCGAUCAAGGCAGUCCCUGGGAACUGCAAGAACGAAAUGGAAGCCCAUUUGCGUCUGGAAGUCAACGAUCUCGAGCAACGUAUCCAGCGUCAGUUGGACACAAUGGCUGCCAAAAUCAACGACGUGGACGCCCGCACUGAGACCCUUGCCAAGCAGUUCGCCGACAUGCAGAACCCUCUGGAGGAAAUGCGAAAGGAGCUUGCUAUGGCCAACAAAGUCCCGCAGCCUCCCAAGCCCGCUGGUAUUGGUUUCCAGCGUAAUAUCGACGGCACCAUCCUCAAGGCUGUCGCGCCUACGAUGGUUUGUAAGAAGGAGGUGGUCGCCUCAGUCGAGAAGUUGCUCCAGGACGCCAAGAUCGACGGCUUCAAUAUCGAAGGAGAUGAACAGGACCGCAUUUUCGUCAUUCAGUUUACAAGUGCUGUCGGCCUCGCCUGCAAGCGUGUGUCCCAGGCCCUCGCAGCACUACGCCUCGGUCAAGGCCAGUGGAUGCGCUUCCCCGUGCCAGCCGCGUCGGGUGGCUCAACGCAGCUGCGCAGUGGGCCAGACAAGUCUCCGCACCAGAUCAAGCUCGAGAUCGCUGGCAAGAAAGUCACGAACGUGCUCCGCCAGGAGCAUCCACAGUGCAAGUUCUUCUUCGAUCGACAUAAUGGUUGGCUUUCUGAAAACUGGAACCCUGUGCUGCGCCUGGAACCUCAGCCUGGCCGUGACCCCGCGCUCUGCCACUUUCACGACGUUGCGCUCACCUCCCGUGGCUGGACGCGCGCUGGGAUUGACAAGUCGAUCGGCCACAUCCUCAAGUCCAACGCGGCCUCCUACCUGGACUUGCUCGGCAUAUCGUCCUCUGCCGUCGCCAUCGAAGAGGACACGAAGACAGUGUCGCAGAUCGACGCGCUCUGGCUGUCUGAACCGAAUUGGAUGUCGCGCCAACUCCAGCACCCCGUGUCGGUGACCUCCACGCCCGAGGGGAUGCGCGCCAAGGAGCUCGCAGACCACGCGGCGAUCAGGGUUCACAUUCGACAUCGUGACCUGGAAGGCUGCUACUGGAAGCCAGUCCCUGCGCAUAUCUUCAAACGACCUGAGUUCCGGCGGCGGCUAAGCGCGCUGCUUGUCAACGAUGGGCAGUUAUUAUUGGGCAUGUCGCCGCCGAGGCAACUGUUACGUUACAGCGACCUGGUUCAAGCUGCGGCGCUCGAUGCGAUGCAGAGUAUCUUUGUCAACGAGAGCGACUCACUGGAGGCCCAGUUGGUUUUUGUUCGUCAAGCGUUCG